AUUGGCACGAAUUUAGCAACUAUACAUGUUACUAAGAAAAAGUCAGUAACUAUUCGAGAAUUAGGUGGAAAGAUGAGCCCCAUUUGGCCUAGCUACUAUAAAUCCGAAAAGAAUAUUAUGUUUAUGAUUGAUACUAGUGACAGAACACAGAGUUCAUCUGCUGUUUGUUUACUACUAAGUAUGUUAGCCGACGAUGACAUGGAGUCGAAAAAUAUUCUUAUUCUCCUUAAUAAAAUGGAUAUCAGUAACGCAAUGACACAAAGAGAAGUCGACACAAUUUUUAGGCUGAACGAUAUCAUUUCCUAUGCGAAGCAAAAGAUUACCGUUUUAGAUUGUAGCCUCAUCACUGGCGAUGGACUGAUGAAUGUAAUAUCAUGGCUUAGUCAAUCAAAUCUUGAUUAA